UUGGCAAUGUCUUCAGCCUGCUGCACUCCUAACUUAAGCAUUUAUUCCACUGGGAUAGAAGCGGCAGGAGCAGCGUUGGCACCGGCGAACCAUGGCUGGGAUAUUCUAUUUCGUCCUCUUUUCGUUUCUCUUUGGGAUUUGCGACGCUGUCACGGGUUCCAGGGUGUACCCCGCGAAUGAAGUUACCUUAUUGGAUUCCAGAUCCGUUCAGGGAGAACUUGGGUGGAUAGCCAGCCCUCUGGAGGGCGGGUGGGAGGAAGUGAGUAUUAUGGAUGAAAAAAACACGCCCAUCCGAACCUAUCAAGUGUGUAACGUGAUGGAGCCCAGCCAGAAUAACUGGCUCCGAACUGAUUGGAUCACACGAGAGGGGGCUCAGAGGGUGUACAUUGAGAUCAAGUUCACUUUGAGGGAUUGCAAUAGUCUUCCCGGUGUCAUGGGGACUUGCAAGGAGACGUUUAACCUGUACUACUACGAAUCAGACAACGACAAAGAGCGUUUUAUCCGAGAGAGCCAGUUUGCCAAAAUCGACACCAUCGCCGCCGACGAGAGCUUCACCCAAGUGGACAUUGGCGACAGGAUCAUGAAGCUCAACACCGAGAUCCGGGAUGUAGGGCCGUUGAGCAAAAAGGGGUUUUACCUCGCUUUUCAGGAUGUGGGCGCCUGCAUUGCCCUGGUAUCGGUCCGCGUGUUCUAUAAGAAGUGUCCGCUCACGGUUCGCAAUCUGGCCCAGUUUCCAGACACCAUCACGGGGGCCGACACGUCUUCUCUGGUGGAAGUCCGAGGCUCCUGUGUCAACAACUCAGAAGAGAAAGAUGUGCCAAAAAUGUACUGCGGGGCAGAUGGCGAAUGGCUGGUACCCAUUGGCAACUGCCUAUGCAAUGCUGGGCAUGAAGAGCGGAAUGGAGAAUGCCAAGCCUGCAAAAUUGGAUAUUACAAGGCCCUCUCCAUGGAUGCCUCCUGUGCCAAGUGCCCACCCCACAGCUACUCUGUCUGGGAAGGAGCCACAUCAUGCACCUGUGACCGAGGCUUUUUCCGAGCCGACAAUGAUGCUGCCUCUAUGCCCUGCACCCGCCCACCAUCUGCUCCCCUCAAUUUGAUUUCAAAUGUCAAUGAGACUUCGGUGAACUUGGAAUGGAGCAGUCCUCAGAACACAGGUGGCCGUCAGGACAUUUCCUACAAUGUGGUCUGCAAGAAAUGCGGAGCUGGGGAUUCCAGCAAGUGCCGACCCUGUGGGAGUGGGGUCCACUAUACCCCACAGCAGAAUGGCCUGAAGACCACCAAAGUCUCCAUCACUGACCUCCUGGCUCAUACCAAUUACACAUUUGAAAUCUGGGCAGUGAAUGGAGUGUCCAAGUAUAACCCUAGCCCGGAUCAAUCAGUGUCUGUCACCGUGACAACCAACCAAGCAGGUAGGAACCGAUCUACUUUAUUGUAUGAACCAAAUGAUCAGAAUGAGCGAAGCUAUCGGAUUGUCCGGACCGCUGCCAGGAACACGGAUAUCAAAGGUCUGAACCCUCUGACCUCCUAUGUUUUCCACGUUCGAGCGAGGACAGCAGCUGGCUAUGGAGACUUCAGCGAGCCCCUGGAGGUCACAACCAACACAGUGCCUUCCCGGAUCAUUGGCGACGGGGCCAACUCCACCGUUCUCCUGGUCUCUGUGUCAGGCAGCGUGGUGCUGGUGGUCAUUCUCAUAGCAGCCUUUGUUAUCAGCAGGAGGCGGAGUAAAUACAGUAAAGCCAAACAAGACGCAGAUGAAGAGAAACAUUUGAAUCAAGGUGUUAGAACUUACGUGGAUCCCUUUACAUACGAAGAUCCCAACCAAGCAGUUCGAGAAUUUGCCAAAGAAAUCGAUGCAUCCUGCAUUAAGAUUGAAAAAGUCAUAGGAGUUGGCGAGUUUGGUGAAGUCUGCAGUGGGCGUCUCAAAGUGCCUGGCAAGAGAGAGAUCUGUGUGGCCAUUAAGACUCUGAAAGCGGGUUACACAGACAAACAGCGAAGAGACUUCCUGAGUGAGGCCAGCAUCAUGGGACAGUUUGACCACCCGAAUAUAAUUCACUUGGAAGGCGUCGUCACCAAAUGUAAACCAGUAAUGAUCAUAACAGAGUACAUGGAGAAUGGCUCCUUGGAUGCAUUCCUCAGGAAAAACGAUGGCCGAUUCACAGUCAUUCAGCUGGUGGGCAUGCUCCGUGGCAUUGGGUCUGGGAUGAAGUAUUUAUCGGAUAUGAGCUAUGUGCAUCGAGAUCUGGCUGCACGGAACAUUCUGGUCAAUAGCAACCUGGUCUGCAAAGUGUCUGAUUUUGGCAUGUCCCGGGUGCUAGAGGAUGAUCCCGAAGCAGCUUACACCACAAGGGGCGGCAAGAUUCCUAUCCGGUGGACUGCACCAGAGGCCAUUGCCUAUCGUAAAUUCACAUCAGCGAGUGAUGUGUGGAGCUAUGGAAUCGUAAUGUGGGAAGUGAUGUCGUAUGGAGAGAGACCCUAUUGGGAUAUGUCCAAUCAAGACGUGAUUAAAGCCAUUGAGGAAGGCUAUCGGCUACCCCCUCCAAUGGACUGCCCCAUUGCACUCCACCAGCUAAUGCUAGACUGCUGGCAGAAGGAGAGAAGCGACAGGCCUAAAUUUGGGCAGAUUGUCAACAUGUUGGACAAACUCAUCCGCAACCCCAACAGCUUGAAGAGGACGGGAACUGAGAGCUCCAGACCCAACACGGCCUUGUUGGAUCCAAGCUCCCCUGAAUUCUCUGCUGUGGUAUCGGUGGGUGAUUGGCUCCAGGCCAUUAAAAUGGAUCGGUAUAAGGACAAUUUCACGGCUGCCGGUUAUACCACACUAGAGGCUGUAGUGCACAUGAACCAGGACGACCUGGCACGAAUUGGCAUCACAGCUGUCACACACCAGAAUAAGAUUUUGAGCAGUGUCCAGGCAAUGAGAACCCAAAUGCAGCAGAUACAUGGCAGAAUGGUUCCUGUCUGAGCCAGUACUGAAUAAACUCAAAACUCUUGAAAUUAGUUUACCUCAUCCAUGCACUUUAAUUGAAGAACUGCACUUUUUUUACUUCGUCUUCGCCCUCUGAAAUUAAAAAAAAAAAAAAAAUCUGCAGCAUUGCUUGGUGUACAGAUUGCUGAAACUGUGGGGCUUACAGAAAUGACCACCAUCAUUUGAAUUAAACCUGGAACACAUUGUUUCUCAGAAGUACUUCCGUCCAUCACCAAUUUGUAAAAUACAUGGACCUGUAUAAAUAGGACACUGCCUCCAAGUUUCGAUGCCGUCUUUGCUGCCAGACACUGAGCUUCUCUGAGACAUCCUGGACCCUCUCUCCAUUUGGAAUUACAACCGUAGUAUUUAGUUUGUGGCAUAAUUUACAGUCAUCCUUCUUUCACUGGAAUGAAGACCACGACCAGAAACAUAUUUGAAGGACUCAGCUGUAGCUUUCAAGGCUUGGUUCAUGCCAUGGGGAUACAAACCCUAGGUGAAAACCACAUGUCCAUGUUGCUCCUUCAGUGCUCAGGCCAUCUGGUGGAUUAUGGUGACACGAGGGGCUGGAAAUAAAAGGAAAGUGGACUUAAAAUAAUGAUAAUAAUAGGAAAACCCAAGCACCAUACCCUCUAACUGGACAAAUGAGGUCUGUUUCUUUAGGUCUGAGGCUGUGCCAUAUAAAAUCUAAUUUCGGGACUCUACAAAACUUUUCAUAAUUACCUUAUGGAUAGUGGACUGUGACAAUCUUGAAUGGGGAACUUUCACACUUCCCUCCUUUGAAGAAGCAAACCCAAAUCCCCAAGGGAGUAGAUUCUGCUAUCUUGGCCUCACAGCCCUUCCUGUUGAUUACAAAGCCCACAGAAGAAAACAGAACACGCCCUCCUUGGUUCCUUCUAAAUUUUUCUUCUGCUUCUGUGCCAGUUCUGGAGCAAAGACACACGAAACAGCACCCCUACCUAAAAAGAAGAAACGUAUGCCUGUCAAAUCCCCUUUCCCAGCGAAAGAAACAGCAAACAUUCAAGGUUCGGCGUCUGUUCUCCGGUUGCACUGAGGAAUAUACCGUCGCGAGGCACCAGCUCUGCAGAACCCUUGUUCCCAAACUCCUUGUGGUUUUAUUUAUAUGUAUUUCCAUAUCUCAUUCCUGUAUGUCACUGCUGCAUGGGUGUGGCAGCAAGUGACCAAAGGCUACAGGUUUUACUAUGGACACCAGGUCAGGUGCCACCACAUGAAACACAGCCAGUUCCCAGGAGCUGCCUAUGAUAUGCAUUGCUGAAGUAACAUUUUACCCAGGGUGUGCCAUUGCAGUGAUAUAAAUAUAUUUUUUUCCUAGACUAAAUAUGAGCUUGAUUAUCUGUUUUGAUGUGUGUACAUAGGUGUGAGUGUGUGUGCGUGUGCGCGUGCGUGCGUGUAUAACCUCAUGCUUAGAACUGCCUGUGAAUGUUGUGGAAUGCUACACCUGGCGAGUUCUGGCUUUCCACCAGUUCUGAGAGAAGAGCCACACGAGCUAGUGGGCCUGGAAACCGUGCCCAUCCCCUUAGAAAGACAACCCAGAAAUGUUAAAUGUCCUGUAUCUAUAAGUGCGUUUUGUAGCUGCCACACUAACCUUAAUGAGUAACUCUACAGCUUUGGGCAGAGGCAUUUUCACCUUAGCGGUGGAAUAAUUUCAGACUAUGAACCCCUUUGAGUGACAGCCCAUCAUCGAAGUCACAAAUUCUGAUUGAACUCCUCAUCUGAAUCACCAGUUCCUUGAUGGAGAGAGAGAAGGGGAUGGAAUUCGUCCGGUAACCCCGAGUGGAAUACAAGUAGCCUUUGUAUUUGCAUAAAUGGACUUGUUGAAUGCGAACAAAUAUAUGCAAUUCAUAUACUUUUGGAGAUGAACGUAGACAUGUGUCAGCUUUGAGAUGAUGUGUCCUGGAUUAAUACUUUGUCUCCCAAUGUCACAGAAGAACACAUGCCAGUGACUCUUGAGGUCAGCAUGGUUGGGCUUAAAUGGCCUCAAGUUGUUUCAGGUUCCCUAUUACAAGGAAAGCUCUACAGUUGUUAAUAUACAGUUAAAUCCUGUGGCCCUCAAAAGUGCAUCAGCCUUCUAGAAUCUGAGGCCCACUGCGUGAAGAUUCUGUUUUGAUAUGUAUACCAAACUCCAGCCAACAUACUGCCAUGUUUCAUAACCUGAGUGGCUGCCUUGCUUAUUCUAAGCUAUGGUUGCAGAAACUGUAGCCAUUCAUAUAAGCUAUAACAUCAAAUCAGGGAAAAAAUGGGAAACAAAAGAUUCUGAACCCUAUGUUGUUGAAUAAGUAAAGAAAAUCAUCAAUAAAUAUUUAUUGCAUUCUGACAGGGUGUAUGGCAUUGUAUUCUUAGAACUAUGCCAGAGUGACAAAGUGAAUUCACCCCUUUUGGGGGACUUUAAUAUAUUUUUAAAGGGAUGUGCCUAUGCAUUGAUGCCUGAAAAAUAUGUAUAAAGAAAUGAUGUUGAAUCUCUGAGCAGGUCACCUUUCCCCAGAGGUCAGGUCAGGAGGCCAAGUUCAGGGGCUGUGUCUAGCCCCACGAGUGUGAGUGCUGGCCAAGUGAGCUCAGAUCUUUCAUGAGGAAGCAUUAAGCUGAUCCCCCGCACCAAAUCAAGUAGCUUCGCCAUGUGUCCACUGGCCCCAAAUUAUUUUGAACAAUACUACGAAUAUAAUGUUCUGGUGUGUUUUAAAAUAGUUACUUUAAAGAAAGGUUGUGCUCACUACACUGCUUGUGUGUGUUUUGAGACCUCUUGUAUUCAAUCUGUGAAGGAUAUGUGUAUUAAUCCAUACACACUUAUAGCCUCAAUAUUUGUCUGAAGACACUUAAAUUCUGACCAGUAAAGGAAAGUUCUAGAAGCAGUAUUUUCACUUUAACAUUCUCCAAACAACAUCAAGCAUUGAUACACACUGAAGAGUGCGUUUAUUAUUAUUUUUUCUCACUCCAAGUAAGUUGGAAUAUGCAAGGACUGUGGUUAAAAUUAGAAUGUAUAAGGCUUAUUAUAAUUUAGUUCAUACUGAAAAAGAAAUUAACAGAACAUUGCUUGGUUCAUACAUGUUCCGAAAUUUAAGCAAUCUCUUGAGUUAGACAUAGAUUUUCUAUUUUGUUUUAAUUUGUCAAGGUAUUUUUCUUCCCUUCAUGAAACUUAGGUACACAUAACUUAUGUCAUUUAUUUAUGGUCUUUUAUACCUAGUUUGUAAAAUUGUAAAAUAGCAAACUAAAUGCAAAGAGUUUGCAUUGGAAAAUAAUAAAGUGGUUGCCAUAUACAAACCAGGAAUCUACUUGUGUCUUC